AUAAUAAUAACAAAGAGGGAAAAAUCGGCCGCCGGCCGAAAUCUAAUUUUUAGCAAAAUCGAUUGAAUCUUGGAUCGUUAUGUUGAAACUGUUUGUGCAACACAAUCGCCGGCUUGCCGAGAGUGUGUGGAUGAGCAGACGCACGUUCUUGUCCGAAGCAUAUCAGUGCCGGGAUGCGUGGAAUGCUCGACUUACGACACCGAUCCUCGCGAAGGUAAACCUGGACACUCUGUAUUACGACCUAGAGCAGCGGUUCCAGCAGCGCAACAAAAUCUCGGCCCUCGAUAUCGACAUCUACGCCAACAAGCUGAUCGAUGAGCAGCACAUCGAUGAGGUGGCUGAUUUACUGUACAAGUUUCGCUUGACGGAGGAAACAUCGAACACGCUGGACUCGACCCACCAUGCCCUGGUGCGGAACUACCUCGACCAUCAGUGCUACGCCCAGCUGAUCGAUGUGCUCAACAAUCGGAUAGGAUACGGAAUCUUUCUGGAUGAUUACGCGGCAACACUGACACUGGAUCAGUUGAUUAAGGCCAAAGAGUUCCGGUAUGCGGCACGGAUAGCUACGUUACUGGCACUGCAGGAAGACUUCUCCAAUCCUAUCGUGCGCGCCCUGUCCCUGUACAGCUGCUACAGGUUUGCCAAAGCGCCGGACGCGGAACAUUUCGAUGACCUGGCACCGACGGAGCAGGUUGCGGCCGAGGCGGAAGGCCAGAAGAAGAAAAAGAAGGACGAAAUCAAGGUGCGCGUGAAGUUCUUGCGCAACGAGUACUUUGAUGAUCACUUCGAUCUAAAAGACAGUCAGCUGUUGCUUGGCAAAACGUUCCUUGAACUGAGUCGUAGUUACGGGAGCUCGAGUAACGCCAUCGGAGCGAGCUGUGAAUUGCUUGGUCUAGCGUUGUACCGCAAGUAUGAGCAAGGGCUGGAUUUUGUGGGCAAACUGGCCGGGAAAGAACUCGUCGAAGAGGUGCUACAGAUGGUGCGAAGUGUGCUUGAGAAGGAGCAGUCAAAGGAACAUGAAAAGUAUGGUGCAUUUUGUGAAGCUAUCGAACAACUUACAACAGCAACAGGCGGAUGUAAAUUAAAGAAGGAUAGUUUUGAGAAACUUAUCCUAGAGCUAGUAAAUAAGAGUAUCGCCGAUAAUGAAGCUUCUCAGAUUGAGGGGCAAAAGAAGACUUACAGUGAUUGGUGCACGUUACGACAAAGGAGACUAGAUGAGGAACUCGAACGCUUGCAGCGUGCCAAGCGCCUCAAAGAGAUCGAACAACUGACGGUCGACAUGGAGAAGGAGGAACAGAAGCUGUGGUUCUUUGAGAACGAGGACAAGAUUGACCUCGAGAUCGAUAGGAAACGCGUGUUCUAUCCGAAGCGGUGGUUCGGUAAGAAGAAGAAGCCACGAACCGUUGACGUUGAUUAUGUGCCACCGGAGGUACGGCAGCGCAAUUAAUGUGAGCGGUAGAAUGGUUCAUAGUAGUAAAUAAAUGUGAAAACAAAGAAGGAUGUGUACCAAUUAUAUAGAUACGUGAGACUUAAUAGUUUUGUUUA